GUACGGUCGCGACCCCUCACACUUCGAUUGCUUGUCACGUGGUUUCUGUUACGAGAAUUCGCAACGCCAUAGCUCGGAAUGACGUCGAGGAGAUGGGCCUUCUAUUCUUGCAUGCUCUCCCCUCGCCGGACAGACCAGCCGCGUCCGCCGGACCCACACAUUUCUCACCUCUUGGACAAGUAUAGAGACGUCUUCGAGGCUCCCACCGGAACGGUUCCGGAUCGGCCCAUACCUCACGGGAUCACUCUCGAGACUGGCGCCGUCCCUCCGCGUGGAUGCAUUUACCGCAUGAGCGAAGAGGAACUCGAGGUGCUUCGCGCACAACUCGACGACCUCCUUGACAAGGGCUGGAUUCGCCCUAGUUGUUCGCCUUACGGUGCCCCUGUUCUCUUCGUCCGGAAGAAGAACAAAGAUCUACGGUUAUGCAUCGACUAUCGCAAACUUAACGCACAAACCGUAAAGAACGCCGGCCCUCUCCCUCGGAUUGAUGAUCUCCUUGAGCGGUUAGGCGGCGCCACGUACUUCUCGAAGUUGGACUUGAAGUUAGGUUACCACCAGAUUGAAAUCCAGCCUCAAGAUCGGUACAAAACCGCGUUCAAGACGCGGUACGGGCACUUUGAGUGGGUUGUCAUGCCAUUUGGGCUCACCAAUGCCCCCGUGACUUUCCAAGCAGCUAUGACGACUGAGUUUCGCGACUUGCUCGACCGCAGUGUCCUCAUCUACCUCGAUGACAUCUUGGUCUAUAGUAGGACAUUGGACGAGCACAUCGUACACCUUCACGCUGUUUUGGAUCGUUUGCGACUGGCCAAGUACAACGCGAACCUCGACAAGUGCGAGUUCGCCAAGCAGGAGCUUGAAUACUUGGGCCACUAUGUCACGCCGAAAGGCAUUCGUCCCUUAGCGGACAAGAUCCAAGCCAUCGUGGAUUGGCCGGAACCCCGUUGCACGACGGAUGUACACUUUUUCAUGGGUUUGGUUGGAUAUUAUCAGCGAUUCGUCGAGUCAUACUCGAAAGUGGCCGCUCCUUUGUCGAGACUUCAAUCCCCGAAGGUGCCCUUCGAGUUCGACGACGCAGCCCGUGGCGCGUUCACUACGUUGAAGGCAGCGAUGCAAGCCGCACCUGCCCUCCGUAUAUACGACCCCAUCCUUCCUACCCAAGUGACUACGGACGCUUCGGGAUACGGUCGAUGAAUGUAUUACAUCGACCAGUUCGACUUUGACCCGUGCCACAUUCCCGGU